AGCAACGGAACAGCGCGGAGGCUGUUGACCAGGCAUAGGUGACGAUUGUCAAGUGGAGACGACGUCGACCAGACGGUAUCCUUGUAUCUUGCGUGGCUUUCUUUGGGAAGCAAACUUCUCUUGACAACGUUCGUUGUUGCACCUGGUACACGUUCAACCAACAAGCACCCCCAGGCAAACAUAUGCGUGUUGGUAAUGUGGAUGAAGUUUGCCUCGGCUGGAAGCAGUUGAUGGUGAUAACGUGAUCUCGGCCUUCUGCAAGGAGUCUGGAGAUGCUGACGUUGAGGUGCAAGGUUGCGAGACACGACCCCCGGCUCUUCAACUUUGUAUUUCUAAUAUUGUGGCCAACUGCUUUGAACCUAGAAUAUGCACUUCGGGUUCGGGAGAAGCAGAGGAGCGAAGGUGCUGUGGCAGUCGAAGUUCGUAUAGAUCGAGCUAUCGAACUUUGUGACUGGUAUAUGUUAAGAGCUAGUGGUUUAGAGAGCAGCCAUAAAGAAAGCAAGUUGUCGCGGGGAUCUAAUUUCCCGACAAUCCGUGGGCAUUUCAGAAAGUCGACCACAGCAGUUGAUCAUCUCAUAAACUAGUGGCGCACAAUUCAUAAAGUUCCGAUGUGUGAUGUGGGCGCCUCAUACCAAGAUCGUUUUAUUCAUCACGGUUGAUAAACUGCACUGUGAGCAACUGUUUGCUAU